AUGCACGAAUCUUACAAAUUUGAUACGAAAUACAAAAAGUACAAAUUUGGUAUGAAAUACAAAGAGUACGAAUUUGGUACAAAAUACGAAGAGUACAGAUUUGAUGCGGAAUACGAAGAGUACGAAUUUGGUGCGAAAUACGAAGAGUACGAACUUGGUACGAAAUAUGAAGAGUACAAAUUUGGUGCAAAAUACGAAGAGUACAAAUUUGGUAUGAAAUACGAAGAGUACGAACUUGGUACGAAAUACGAAGAGUACGAAUUUGGUACGAAAUACGAAGAGUACGAAUUUGGUACGAAAUACGAAGAGUAA